AUGGAUAGGAGACGUGUGUGCGAUGCGUGUUCGGUACGACGUGUCAAGUGCGACGGCCAAGCACCAUGCGCUGCCUGCUCGAGGUCGUCCAUGGAAUGUACACGCUUGAGGCAAAGAAUCAAAUCUGGUCCAAAAGGUGUGCGCAAGAAGACACUUGACCGGCUGAAGACAGUCAAAGGCCACAAUCUUGAGAGACUGCAAUCCGAACGGAGCAACGCCUUCGCGUAUCGCAACGACGAAACCAGCCUCGAUCAUCUCGGAGCGACACCCACGACCGCUGAUCAAUCUUCGUAUACAAUCGAUGGAUUUUACUCUCCGGAAUUGAAUAUCGACUUCUCAGCUAUUUCUGAUGACCAGCCACCUUCUCUGGACGCGCCGCAAACUCCGCCGUGGCCAUUUCGCAUCAAACCAGUCCUCCUCGAGCCAUAUCUGGACAUCUAUCACUACAAGCUCUUUUCAGUCUGGCCAAUCGUGAACAAGAAUUUGCUCCUGGCAAGACUACAGGCUACGGAGUCUGAUGUAUGCGCAUACAUGCUGGCUUGUAGUGUCUGCGCAGCUACAAUGGUCCAAUUACAACUCUCAGUCCUUGGCCCCUGUGGGGAUGUACUCGAGCCCAUUGCCAUGCUUACAGAAAUUGAGGAUCUCCGACGACAGUAUGAUUAUCGCGAGAGCCCAAGCAUGGAUUUCUUGGCCACAAGUUUCUUUAUGCACGUCGCUUACACGAACCUUGGUCGUCUGACGACCAGCACACUGCUGCUCAGAGAAGCCGUUACUCUCGCCUAUAUACUCGAUCUACAUAGGCCUUCUCAUUAUGACGAGAUCAUACUCAACGAGAAACAGGAUCACCUUCGCAUGUUCUGGAUUCUUUUCAUCACUGAGAGAGCGCACGCGACACAACAUGACAUUCCUUGUGUCAUGACAGUCGAUCCUGAUAUGCCAGAGCUGGAUGUAGAGAGCCAGCCCUCUGUGCUAUCUCCACUCAUUAUGCUAUGCAGAAUGUUCAAGUCGUUCUGCGAAGGCUCCAACGGCAGCUUGACAGCAGAGAGCUUGAUUUCAUUCAACAACGAAUUGAUGAGGAUUCCAAUCUCAACGCAGAAUCACCACGAUCUACAGAAGGCUGAUCUGUCGGUGACACAACAAUGGCUUCGCCUGAUGUUUUGGAAAAUGGCUAUCAACAAGGUCGUCAUGACGGCAAACUCGACCGACGAUAUCCGAAGUGUCUUCUUUCCUAUCUCGCUCGCGAAGGACUUGCUGUCAAAUAUCUCCACCAUGUCCAUUGAUACACUAGAAGCCCAUGGUCCUGGGAUGGAGAUCAAGCUUUUCGAAGUCACGAACUCGGUCGCCGAUAUCAUAACCUUGAACCCGCAACAAUCGCAGACCUCGUCACUGCAGCUCGGCCCUCAGGAUUUGCUUGUUCAUCUGACAAACAUCAUUGGCAGAUUCAGAGGUGGCAACAAGACACUUCUACCUUUGCUGCAGUCUCGACUGUCGAGUAUCGGACUUGGAUCUUCCAUUCAGCCGCGCAUCACGGACGUCACAUAUGAUUCACCAGACACGAAUAGAGAGAGAAGCUCUAUAGAGAGCAAUGAGGCUACCAUGGCUGAUCAGGUACUCCAUGACGAUCAGGCGAGUAGCUUCUUUGGGCCUGCGCUCGCAUACGAUAUAUCUUCGACGGACUGGUGA